AUGAAAAGCGAUGCUUUUUGCAGGAUCCCUAAAACCAUUGGUGUAUCAAUUCCAAUGAAAGCAACUUUCUUCAUAACCUACAUAAUGGUUGAUGGAUGGGCUGGUGUUGCUGGGGAGAUCUUAAGGUUGAAACCACUUAUUAUCUACCACUUGAAAAAUAUUUUAUUGGUGAAGACUGAAAAGGAUAGGGAGGAGGCAAUGGAUCCCGGUAGUGUUGGUUUCAACACUGGUGAACCUCAAAUACAACUCUAUUUUCUACUAGGCCUUGUUUACGCUGUGGUGACACCAUUUCUACUUCCUUACAUAUUGGUUUUCUUUGGCUUCGCAUAUCUCGUGUAUAGUCAUCAGAUCAUAAACGUCUACAACCAAGAGUAUGAAAGUGGGGCAGCAUUUUGGCCAGAUGUCCAUGGACGUAUUAUAGCUGCAUUGGUCAUCUCGCAACUACUUCUAAUGGGAUUGUUGAGUACAAAACAUGCUGUAUGA